GGAAGUGGAGGCGGAGGGAGACGGCGGCGGCGUCCGCGGGGCCUUGGGCUCUGGCGGCAAGGCCGUGGUGGGCGCGAGGCCGGGGGAGGGGGAGGAGGAGGAGUCCGCGGCCGGGGCGGCGGCGGCUCGCGAGUUCCCCGUAGGGCCCCGCCUCGGAGCGGGUGGUGGCGGAGGAGGAGACUGAGGAGCAGGAUGGCGGCCUCGGCCCUGUAUGCCUGCACCAAGUGUACCCAGCGUUAUCCCUUCGAGGAGCUCUCCCAGGGCCAGCAGCUCUGCAAGGUCCGUAGGUGCCGGGCGGCGGGCGGGCUGGGUGUCUUCGGCCGUAACCCGAGGGGUUGGGUGGCCGCUGCACUGCAGCCCCGCUCUCUUUCCCGGCGCCUCUGGGGUUUGGGAGUCUGGAGCUCUCGCCUCCCUAUCCGGGGACCCCUUUUUCUGAGGGCCUGGGUUUCAACUGGGGAAGGCCCCCAAGAGGGAGGUAGAAUCUUCCUGUCCUCUUCCAGACAGCCCAUUAGGGGGCCGCGCCCCCUCAGCGUCCGGGGGUCUCGGGUGGGGCAUAGUGAGGCAGCCACCUGUCUAUGCCGCAGAGACCCUGGGGUGGAGAUGUUUUCAUCUCUCUUUUCUGCCUGGUCUGUCCUCUCCUUCCACCAGGAGGCAGGGGACGGUUUUUGCACUUUCUUGCUAGGAAUCCGAAGCCGCAAAGCUGAUGGCAUCCUUCUUCCCUGUCCAGGAAAGCGAAGCGACUGGUUUGGGAACAGAAUGCUCUAAGAUUUGGAGCUCCUCCCAUCCCAUUAAAGCCGGGAUGCUGUCUGAAUGUCGGAUUGCACAUCCUAUUGUAAAAUGUACCUACUGCAGAUCAGAAUUUCAGCAAGAGAGCAAAACUAACACAAUUUGUAAGAAGUGUGCUCAAAAUGUGAAGCAGUUUGGGACACCCAAACCUUGUCAGUACUGUAACAUAAUUGCAGCAUUUAUUGGUACCAAGUGUCAGCGUUGCACAAAUUCAGAAAAAAAAUAUGGACCACCACAGACUUGUGAACAGUGCAAACAGCAGUGUGCUUUUGAUCGGAAGGAGGAAGGAAGAAGAAAGGUUGAUGGAAAAUUAUUAUGCUGGCUUUGUACUUUAUCAUAUAAGAGAGUUUUACAGAAGACAAAAGAACAAAGGAAGAGCCUGGGAUCUUCACAUUCAAAUUCAUCUUCUUCUUCUCUUACUGAGAAAGACCAGCAUCAUACAAAACAUCAUCACCAUCACCAUCACCAUCACCAUCGUCACAGUAGUAGUGGCCAUCACAAAAUCAGCAAUCUAAGCCCAGAACAAGAGCAGGGACUAUGGAAACAGAGCCAUAAAUCCUCUGCAGCAAUUCAGAAUGAAACUCCAAAGAAAAAACCCAAAUUGGAAUCUAAGCCAUCUAAUGGAGAUAGUAGCUCUAUAAAUCAGUCAGCAGAUAGUGGGGGAACAGACAAUUUUGUCCUUAUAAGUCAACUGAAAGAAGAAGUGAUGUCACUUAAGCGUCUCUUACAGCAAAGAGACCAGACCAUUUUAGAAAAAGAUAAAAAGUUAACUGAACUAAAGGCAGACUUUCAGUACCAAGAGUCAAAUUUGAGAACCAAGAUGAACAGUAUGGAAAAAGCUCACAAAGAAACUGUGGAACAACUUCAGGCCAAAAACAGAGAACUACUCAAACAGGUUGCAGCAUUGUCAAAGGGUAAAAAGUUUGACAAAAGUGGAAGUAUACUAACGUCUCCUUGAAUAAAAUAGUUAUUUGUUUAUUGUUUCUGCUUAAAGUGUAAAUUUGGGGGGUGGGGAAUUCUGUGAAGCCCUAAAAUUCUGUGUAGUGGAAAAAUAUUUUUGCACACCAAAUGAAUUGGCGUGUUUCCUAUUCACUUUUGUAACUGAUAUACAGCAUUUUUUAAGUUGUAAAACAUUCAAAUAAAACUUCAACUGGUUUGAAGUGAAUUUUUAAUUAAUUGAUAUCCAGGAACUUUUUUGCCAGCAAUAGUAUUACGCAAUUGUAAAGGAGUGCAUGAGUAGUGCUCUUUGUAAAACUUAACAUGCAAUAAUAGAGUAGAUAUGGUUUUUAGAGAUCAAAGCAUCAGGGUUUUUUUGUGUUGUUUUUCUGUUUUUCACUAUGCUAAUUUCAGGUAAACAGUUUUCAAUUUAGAAAUACAAAAACUUUUAAACAAAGUGGUGAACACUGGUUUUUUGGGAAUAGUGUUUUUACUUUGCAUCAACAUGAAUUUAGGAGAGAAUCAUGGUGCUCUAUUAAAUGUAAACGUCAGAAUAUAUGUAAAUAUGUUUUUAAAAGCUACAUCAUUAAUAUUAGUAACCUAUCAUUUUCAUUAUUGGUAUAGGAAUUAAUGUUAUUGUACAGUAUCCAAGGUAAAAUGUGUUGGUAUUGUAAAGACUACUGUAGAUUUUUUUACUUACAAGUGCCUUUUUGCCACCUAAUGUUUUUAUUUAUAGGAAUGCUGAUCUUUUGUACAUACAGUUUGUUUUAAAAUCAUGUUUAAUAAAUGUUUGUAUAUAAAUGGAUAUGUACAGAACCUAUUUCAAAAGGAAAUCAAAGUUGCUAGUGAAAUGUUUGAGGUUGCAUUAAGAACUAACUGAAAAUGCAUAUCAACUUUAGAAGAUUUUUGUGGUUUGUUUCUCUGUAAUAGGGAAGCUUUUGGUUAUUGAAUUCAUUUAAUUAUGUCAAAAUACUUCCCCAAAGAUUUAACUUUAAGUCACUUCCAAUAGAGUAAUUUUAUUUUUUUGUCGUAUGGAUUCAUACUCAUAUUUUUUGAGUUGUUUUGCUUUUUUUAAUACAAAUUCUUUAAAAAUUAUACUGUUUCUACAAUGAUAUUCUCUGCUUUCCCUAUAAUGUGUGGUUAUGUAAGCUAAUAUUUAUGUAUACCAUACUUAAUCUGUAAAUUUAAGGCAAAUCUGAAAAAUAUUAAAUAAUUUUUAAUCCAGUCUGUGAUUAUCUUUGAAUAAAUUGGAAUCUUUAAGAUUCUAGCACUAUUUAUAAGUAAAUUAUCUCAAAGACUUUAAAAUUGUCUAUAAAAGGUGAAGGUAGGGUGGAAUAGGUUAUGUGAAGUUAAUGACUAAUUAUAUUCUGAUCCAGUGAUUUUCAGCCUCUAAUGGAAUUGAUCUACUUGAUAUCAGUUCACAUUUUAUAGCAGUACAGUCUUAAAACCUCAGACAUUGCUAAGUACACUAUCUAGAAUGAGAGAGUCCCUUGUGUUAGGAGCUUAUGGGCAAAGAUGAUUUGUUUCAAAUAAACUAUUAUUAAAUGUAGCAGUGUUGGAGGGUUUUUUUAGACAAGCAUUGAUUAUGUCAUGAAAGAUUGGCUUUCAUAAGAACACAUGAAUAUAACAAUUCUUUUUAACAUGAUAUUUGUGUAUUUCUGUAGACUCUUCCUAUAAGUUUAUUAUAACAUGAUACCAAAUAGUUCUUUGUCCAAUUUGGAAGCAUAAUAUAGGGUAAUUUUCAAGUGAUAGUAAAAGAUUCGGUCAGAAUCUUGGAAAAAUUAAACCAGUUUAUUUUUGAGAUCUUCAUGUAAUAAACUUAGUACUCUUAACCAUGACAAAUAAUGCCUUAACAUGGAUUUUGGUGUUUUUAGGAUUUGCUAAAUUCAUAAUAUAGUCAUUACCUUUCUUUAAAAUUUAUAAUGUUUUAUAUAGCCAUGUGUCAAUCCACAGUGGUCAUUAAUGGUUUUACUAUGUAAUAGUUCUUAUACCUUGUUGAAGAUGCUACAAAACAAAGUUGCCCUCCCCUUUAGCUAACAUUAAAAUGGAAAAUUAUUUACUUUUAAUGUUUGCUAACAUAAAAAUUGAAUUAUCUUCUAACAUUAAAAGUAAAUAAUUUUCCAUUUUAAUAUUAGCUAACAUUAACAAUCUAAAUAAUUUAAGCUUUGUAAAUUCAAGGCUAAAACCUUUUAGUGGCUUCACAGUAUUUAGUCCCAAUUAAAUACCCUCGUUUACUUAAUGAUCUUAUUUUAUAACUUAAACUUUUUGCAAUUGUAUAAACUAGCAAUUGAGUCCCUGUUCUGGAUCUGUAGUGUUUUGACAUAAUGAGCUGAUACUCUUUAAAUGUGGAUCUGUAAGGAGAUACUUUGGUGUGCUGUAUUGUGAGCUUAGCCUGUUUCCCACUGUUAAUUAGCAUUUACCAGUGAGGGUCAUUUUGGCUCCAAGUUAUUUAUGUAUUAAUAGCCUGUGAAUAUUGCACUCCUUUUUAGAUUAUAUUGGUUUAAAUAUGCAUUCAGCAGUCAACAUGGUAAGCUGUUCACAUGUAUAGACUAUUGAAAUACUGUACUUGUACACAUCUGACUGUUGUUGGCAUUUUGUACUUUUUUCUAAAUCCAGCAUUUCACAAUAAAAACUUAUCAAAGGC